AUGCCGAUAAAUACAGUGGCUCAGAAGCAGACUGAGGCCAUACUGCCGCGUCGGAAGCACUCUGCUCCUGCCCCAUGGACGUUGGCGCAUCAGUCUCCAGGGGCUCUUCUAAGAAGUGAGGAACUGGUCGCCAGCAGCCUGCCUCGCCUGCUUUCAAGGGUGGAAAGCUUUAGUCAAAGCGGCCCUGAGACGUGCUACCUGGAGAUGGAGGGGAUCGCUCUUCGGGAGAUGGGGAAAGCACCACUCCCCUCGGAGGAGGGACAGGUGGGGAAUCCUUGGUUUCGUUUUGUUUCCGUUGUUUUGUUUUGUUUCCUUCACAGUAGUGCUGGAGACGCACACGGCCUCUUAACCCAUUCUCCGUCUCCAGCUCUCCACAGGAGUUGUGGAGCUACGAACAGGCUCAUAACCCAUCCUCCAUCUCCAGCUCUCCGCAGGAGUUGUGGAGCUACGAACAGGCUCAUAACCCAUCCUCCAUCUCCAGCUUUUCACAGGAGUUGCGGAGCUAUGAACGGGCUCAUAACCCAUCGUCCUCCCACUCCUCCAUUGCCAACGAGUGCUUCGAUCAACUUGACAGCCUCAUUAAGUCUCACCUGUUCAGCCCCCUUCAGCGAACUCAGAUCAUUCUAGUUGGAUUAUAUCUUGCUGAGGACUGCAGGGAUUUUUCUGUGGACAUUUUUGAGAGAUCUUGUGGAUUAUCCUCAGUGUUUGACUGUGGAUUUACUGUAGAAAUUUGUGCUGCUUAGCUCUCCUCCUUAACUAUUACUGUGACUGUCCAGUCCUGCUCAGGGGCCCUUAGCAGCCAGGAACCGAGUCUUAACAGCAGUCUUUUGCAGCCUUCGAUCCACAUGUAUUAUUAUCCUCCCAGAGAUUUUUUCUCUCUCUCCCCCAGUCUGACGAUUAUUAAUAAAUGUAUUAUUCUGCAAGUGGAUCCAAGUUUCUGUCCUCAUUUCCUGUCAGACGGACUUGCCAUAACGGAUCUAACAGUAACUGAAUCCAUACUCCUGGUCGCUGAAUCUGUGCUCUCAGCCAUAGCGCAACAAAGAGCUUGGCUUGGGAAGUAUGAGAUCCAAAUCUCUUCCACCCCUAGCGAGGUAGAG